AUGUAAAAUAAUCCUGUGCUAUAAAAGUUUCUAUAGAACAACCCGUUCGUAGAAGGAAUUGUCUUAAUGGAUAAGGAAGGAAUAGAAAUUAUAGCCGCAUUCUAAAAUGAAAAUAGCAAGUUGAAAACAGGAGCAUAAUCAUUGAUGUAUGUGGUGGCUAUUCAAUAAUGCAAUGAAAAUUUAAGAAAACUCUCAGAUUCUGAAACUAAGCAAAUCACAUUAGUUUAUGAGUAUUAAAUGCUUUGUAAUCUUAGUGAAUGGAUUCUCUAUUUCGAAAUUUGGACCCAUUCAAUUUUGAUAUUUUACUGUAAUAUCAAAGCAAAUAUUGUGUCAUUAAAAUAACUUGGUCAGGAAUUAAAGCGUAUACUUUCCCCGUAUAAUGAUUUAUUAGAAAAAUAGCAAAAAUGA